AUGGAUUUCAUUGACCUGGACAAAGUAUUGGAUGAGUUUGAAGAAGAAGAAAAACAAGCUCUGUCAAUCAUCCCAGGCAAGGAACUCAAACCCAGUAGUUAUCUAGAAUUCUUGGAGAAGCAAAAGGGACAGGAAUGGACCUCACUAAAUCCAAAUAAGCUUUCCUCCAUCAGUUCAUACACUGCAGAGAGCAUAUCUGCCCAGGAAUCAUCCAGUGUUGCUUAUGAUGACCGGUACGAUAGGUUCUCCUCAAGCAAAUUGAGCUUUAUAUCUGAUGAUCAGUUUGAAGGUCUGUCCCACAACGGCUAUGAUCAAGUCAACCCGGGCAAAACAAGAGUGGGUCAGAGUGCAAUAGUCACCAGCUUGACUCGGGUGACUGCGAAUGGGGAAGAGGUAAACACAGUUUAUACAUCCACUAAAGGACAUUCACGUAAGGGGAUUGCUAACAGUUCUGAAUGUAAGGGAACAAUUGCAUAUCAGCCGAUUGAAGUUCAGACUGAAGCCUUGUCUCCAGUUAGUGAACAGGAGUUAAUGUCAUCUCAGUUUCCAAGAUCUGACAUCGUUGAUGGGCAUAACACAGGGGUAUCACAUGAACAGAUUUGCUAUAGUGAAGUAGAUCAGAACUACAGUCCCAUCUAUGCAAGCAUGGAUACCAUCAAUAUUGAGGCAAACAGUGAUACAGACAAAGAGGACUCAACAGUGUCUUAUACUGAAUUGAUGAAGAUUAAUCAAACAAACCAUUCUGAACCUGGCAGUUUAGAAGUGGAAAAGGGUGUUUUAAAUUCGAUGAUACACUUCAAUUCAGAGUUAUCUGAUGUGAACCACGAUUCAGCCAGGGAUCGGUUUGCUGUUUCUGAGCAGACUGUGGGUUUUCAUGAUCAUAGUGAUGACACUAUUGAUGAAAGUGAUAUUAACAUAUACCUGACUGAGUUGGAUGAGGGUAGAGUUGGAGAUUUUAAUUCUUCCAAAACAACUGAUGCCUCUGACAUCCGUCAACAGUUGAAUUAUCCCAGAAGUCAUACACUCGAUGUAAAAAAUGAUUUGAACCAUGUGGAAGGCAAUAAAACUCGAAGUCUUGCUGAUGAACUCAGUGAGGCAGAACCAGAAACAGAUAUUUACUCCAGGUCACAUUCAUAUUUGGAGUCUUUACCCAAGAAAUUUCGAUCUAAUGAUGCUGGUGUCAGGUCCUGUGUCACAUCUGACCAUCAAGGACCUGACCUGGAGGCAGGCCUGAGGCUCUACCUCCAGUCUGAAAGUCAACCUUUUCAUAAUGGGUCACAUGAGAACGCUGUUAUCAAUGGUUCAUAUGUUGUGUCCGGUGGGAAACAUCUGUCCAUUGUCCAAGCUGGAGACAAAAAUGCAGUAAUAAACACUUUAACCAAUGGGAAAAUGGAAAUUGAGACAAUCCUUGACAGUAAAAAUAAAUCAGACAAUAUUUGUGAUGAUUUACUUCGAGGGAAGAUGGAGAUUGAAGGUAUUCUAGAUGAAGUUGUUCUGGGUCAACAGUUGGGGGAUGAUGCGUUUUCUACAUAUUUAUCAGAGACACCAACCCACUUAAGUUCUAGUCACAGCCAUGUUGAUGUGUUUACUGCUGAAGGAAAGCCUCAUGUGAUAUCAGGUCAUGAUACAAACUUAACACAUUCUUCCAACAGCGAUGUGGGUUACUCUGUACUUUCCACGAUAGGAGUGGGAGCAAGACCUAAAGACCCUUCUGUGAUAAAAAAGGUCCGACCUAAUAGUUUGCUUGGAUUAUCAAAAGUGACUUUGGAAAUGCCUGCUGUAGUGAAGGCAGAGACAGCUGCCCGUGGUGAAGAAAUGCUACCACAUCGGCAUGCAGCAUACACUGAUGCUGACUUAACUGAAACUGCCAUGGAGUCACAACAUUUCAUUCACCAGAACUCUGGUACUCUUGGUGACGAUUCUCCAACUGUGAAUGAGGCCAGGCUAAGAGUGAGUCUUCCUGGCGCAGAACCACAUCUAAAAGCAGUUAUACAUGACUUCUCUCAGCCAUUUGACCAAAGUGAGGCCGAACAGAGAACUGAUCAGGCAAAUUUCAGAGCCGAGGGACAUUUACCAGAUGCUUCUCAGGCAGCAGGAAAUCAGAAGUUGAAAAGACCUACCUCAUUGAACCUUCCAGUGCGACCAGAGUUCAGCGUAGGGCAAACACCUGAGGAGGAUAUGGACCAUGAAGCAUCACCAGGCCUGCCCAGCCUCCCUACAACCCCAGAAAGACUAUACGAUGAAGCCAUUGGUACCACUCCUGUGCCGGGGACAGAGGACAUCAGCAUUUCUCUAGCCUCCAAUGCUUCUUUGUUGUAUAAUAACUUAGGUUCUGUGGCCCCAUUUUGGAUUCCAGAUGCUGAAGCAGUUGCUUGCAUGAUGUGUCAGGGAAGGUUCACCAUGUGGAAGAGACGACAUCAUUGUCGGGCCUGCGGGAAGGUCCUGUGUUCUGUUUGCUGCAGCCAGAAAGCAUAUCUGCCGUACAUGGAGAACAAAGAAGCACGGGUGUGUUUAGAAUGUCAUAUACAGCUAAAUCUGGCUCCCAGUGCCGGCCCCAACCCCCGCUGUCCCAACCCCAACAACCCCAAUGAGUACUGCUCUAAAGUGCCACCCAACCAGCAGGCCAGCAACCAUGCGAACCCACCGGUUGUCAUGGUGCCCACGGGUGUGCUGAGAACUUCUGGUAGUCAGAGGCGAUCUGGUGAACCUAAGCAAGUAAUGUUCUCUGAUGGGAUUCGGCCCGGUGGUGAUCUGACAGAGCUAGAUGGACCUAAUCAAGCACGGCCAACUCGUAGGUCUGCUAGAACUGCAAGGAGGGCAACGCAGCAACAGGUUUCACCUCAGGUACUGAAACAGAAAGAAGACAGCUUGUUCCGUAGUCCAAGUUUGAUUCCUGAUGAAGGAUUGCCUCCCUUGUUUAUAUUACAAAGGGAAACAGGAACAGGUUAUUUGGAAACGGAUGACGCUUUGAAUAACAUUGAUUAUACAGCGGAUUACAAAUCUGAAGAGGGACCCCUGAUAUACUAUGCGGUGAACAAAAAUCUGGCUGUUGGAAUCAAGAUUAUCACUUUGGAUUGUUGUGUCAACAAGGUGUGCUGGUGUUUUGUAACCAGAGGCAUGAAUACCGCUGGGCAGAGUGAGCUCAUAGUACUAUUGGAACUGACAGAGGAAGAACUCACUAGUGACUCUUUGAGUCCAGCAAGAGACGUCUUUGUACACUUUCAGAUUAUUUAUGAGGAGGCGUUGAAAGGCAGCACAAUUCAAGAUUUAGGUCACUCCAUCUUCCAUCAAAACUUCCUGGGAAACCGAGACCACGGCGGAUUUUUGUUUCUGCGACCCACUUUUCAAUGUUUGAACAAGCUUCCACUGCCAGAGCCCCCCUACCUGUUUGGCAUUCUUCUCCAGAAGUGGGAGGUGCCCUGGGCUAAAGUGUUCCCAAUAAGACUUAUGCUGCGCCUUGGAGCUGAGUACAGAU